AUGCAGCUGACGUUGACUCUUUCAGGCUCUGUAGGAAUGCAACUGUUGCUACUGGUGUCAAACCUGCUCCUUUGGGAGAAUGUGGCCUCCAAUCCCAUUGCCUCUGUGUCUACUGAAGACCUAUAUCACCGUUUGGUGGAACAGACCCAUAAUACAUUUAUCCUGGCCGCAGAUGUACACAGCGAAUUUGAUUUGAACUUUGUCAAGAGUAGGAUGUCAAGUUGGUUAAAAGACAGGAUAUUUCCCCUGUGUCAUACUGCUUCCAUCCAUACUCCAGAGAGUCGAAAGCAAGUCCAUGAAAUUAAAACUGACGAGCUUCUGAAAGCGAUGAUCAAUGUUUCAAUUUCCUGGGAAGAACCUCUGAACCACCUGGUAUCUGCAGUGACUGCUCUUCCAGGAGCCUCUGUUAGUAUGCAGAAAAAAGCUGUUGCUUUAAAGGACAAAAAUCUUCUAAUUCUGGAGGGACUUCAGACCAUAUACAAUAGGACUCAGGAUAACGUUGAAGAAAAUAAAAAUUUUGGCUACCCUGCCUGGUCUGGACUUGAAGACUUGCAAUCAUCUGAUGAAGACACUCAUCUUUUUGCCAUUUAUAACCUGUGCCGCUGCAUAAAAAGGGACAUGCAUAAGAUUGAUUCUUAUCUCAAAGUCUUGAGGUGCCGAGUUGUCUUUAACAAUGAAUGUUGA